AUGUCACUCGCAACCGACGUUAAUCAACGAGCCUUAAUACAACGACGUGCGACGAUAAAAUCGCAAUGCACGAGGGUUCAGACGUUCUUAGACGGUGACGACUGUCGAAGCACAUCCGUGAUUGAGUUGCGUACUCGAUUACAGAAAUUCAAUAGCACAUGGGACGAGUUCAACGAAGUACAAGCCAAAAUCGAGGCUGCCAAAGAUGCAGAACAGGUUAGUGAGAAUCAAUUGGAGGAAAGGACAGCCUUCGAAAAUAGGUAUUUCACAAUAUCAGCUGCCUUAGAAUCGUUAAUAGAGGAGAAAGAAAGGCUAGUGGCAACUCGCUCACCGCAUACGCAGGAUCGCCAGGUAAGAGAAGCGACCCCAUUUACCAUUGGAGGAUCCUCGGUAAGCGAUCACCUAAAAUUACCUCGCGUGGAUUUACCAACAUUCUCUGGAGAAUAUGAGGAAUGGCACUCAUUUAGUAAUAUGUUUAUUAGCAUGAUAGAGCAGAAUGCCGUGUUGCCUGACGUGCAGAAAAUGCAGUAUUUGAUGUCGUCACUUAAAGGAGAAGCGCACGAUGUAGUGAGUUCUUUAGAGGCAUCGGCGGAGAAUUACAGAGAAGCAUGGACAAUGUUGAUGGAGAGAUACGACGAUCCAGGAUUGAUUAUCGGGAGACAUGUGAAAGCACUGUUUGAGUUACCUGCCAUGAUCAAGGAUAAUCACGUAAUUUUACGAAAAUUAUUAGACACUGUACUAAAGCAUAUCCGCGCUCUCAAAGCUCUCAAAAGACCUUCAAAUAAUUGGGACGACUUAAUGAUACAUUUGGUGACCAGCAGAUUGGAUCAAUCGACAUAUCGAGAAUGGGAAACUACGGUAGUACGAGGUAGGAUACCAUCAUUUGAAGAAUUAAUUAAUUUUUUAAAUCAACGUUGUAGAGCAUUAGAAGCAACAGCCCGUUCGCCGAAAUCAACAAGUUCUCAAGAAAAAACGCUUCAUAAUAAAAGUACGACAGCUAAUGUGGCGACCACUAAAAAUACAUGCGCAUUCUGUCAACAAGAGAAUCAUGCUAUAUACAAGUGCAAGGAGUUUUUGGCACUAAACAUAGAUCAAAAAGUGAAGAAAGCAAGGACACGUAAAUUAUGUUUAAAUUGCUUGAAAUGCGCGUCACAUCAAGCCAAGGAGUGUCUAGCAGGAACAUGUCGUAAGUGCAGCAAGCGUCAUAAUACACUACUGCAUUUUGAGCAAGCUUCAAAAAAUAAUUCGAAUUCUGAGCCUAAAACGGAGAAAUCUGAGAAUAAAGAGAGCACGAGUCCCGCAACGGUAAAUCACGCAGCCAUAAAUCAAGGACAAGUUUUAUUGGCAACUGCACUGGUAAAUGUGCCAAAUACCAAAGGAGAAACGAAAUCAAUUCGUGCACUUCUUGACAGCGGAUCUCAAUCUUGCUUCAUCACGGAAGAUUGUUGCACGGAACUUGGAGUCAAACGUCAAUCCACUAACAUGCCGAUUUGUGAAUUGGGAGGACAAGCCGUAUCAACCAGAAGUCUAGUGAAGAUUAUCAUACAAUCCAGAACCACGGGUUAUAGGAAGCAGUUAGAUUGUCUGGUGGUGGACACGAUUACGCAGCGACUUCCUAUCAAUGAAAUAAGCAAGAGUGACAUAAGAAUACCACGCGGAAUUACAUUAGCUGAUCCACAAUUCAACCAAACCUCGAAGAUAGAUUUGCUGAUAGGAGCGGAGAUAUUUUUCGAUUUAUUAUGUAUCGGCAGAAUAAAGGUAACUGAAAAUCAGCCAACUUGGCAAAAAACAGUUCUUGGUUGGAUUGCCUCAGGAAACUGCAUAACAGGAGAUCAAUACAUGAAGUCUACAGUAUGCAACAUGAGUAUAAACGAUCAAUUGAACGCAAGUCUUAUGAAAUUUUGGCAACUUGAAAGCUGUGAAAGGAUAGCAACGCGAACCCCGGAGGAGCGUGCAUUCGAGAAUCACUUCAUGCAAACCCACAAGAGAGACAGUGAAGGCAGAUUUGUGGUAACAUUGCCGAUCAAGAUGGAUGUAUUGAAGAAUUUGGGUGAAUCCAAAGAGAUUGCGGUGCAACAACUGUACAGCUUGGAGAGGAGACUCAAACGACAACCACAAUUCACAAGGGAAUAUGUAGAAUUCAUGCGGGAGUACCAGAGGUUGGGACAUAUGCGAGAGCUUCAAGAACCC